GCCAGCUUCAAACCUCUGCUUCGUCGCCCAUCCCAACACUCCCGCAUCGACGACAGCAAUUGCCGUCGCUACCAACGCAAUGGCACGCAAACGCACAAAGAAGCGCACACAUGUCGGCGCCAACAACCCCGAGACGGCGUCGGCCGGCCACGCCACGGCGCGCGACCCCAAGAGCAUGGUGAUCCGUAUCGGCGCCGGCGAGGUCGGCUCCAGCAUCAGCCAGCUCGCCGCCGACGUCCGCCGCGUCAUGGAGCCCGGCACUGCCAGCAGGCUCAAGGAGCGCCGCGGCAACAAGCUCAAGGACUACGUUGUCAUGUGCGGCCCCCUCGGCGUCACCCAUCUGCUGCUCCUGUCGCGCUCCGAGAGCGGCAACACCAACCUGCGCCUUGCUCUCGCCCCGCGCGGCCCGACGAUGCACUUUCGCGUCGAACAGUACUCGCUGUGCAAGGACGUCCAAAAGGUCCAGAGGCACCCCCGCGGCGGCGGCAAGGAGUUUCUCACGCCCCCUCUGCUUGUCAUGAACAACUUCACCUCUCCCGAUGCCGAUGCCAAGUCCAAGGUUCCCAAACACCUCGAAUCCCUCGCCACCACCGCCUUCCGAUCCCUCUUCCCGCCCGUCAACCCCCAGGCCACGCCCCUCAAGUCGAUCCGUCGCGUCUUGCUGUUGAAUCGCGAAAAGUCGCCCGAGGAUGACGGCACUUUCAUCGUCAACUUCAGGCACUACGCCAUCACCACGCGAUCCGCGGGCGUCUCGAAACCUCUGCGUCGCAUCAAGAACGCCGAGAAGUUUCUCGCCACCAAGUCGAGCCGCCAGAGCAAAAUGCCCAAUUUAGGCAAGCUGGAGGACAUUGCCGACUACAUGAUUGGCGGCGAUGAGGGCGAGGGCUACAUCUCGGACGCGACGAGCGGCAGCGAGGUCGACACGGACGCCGAGGUGGAGGUGCUUGACAAUGCUCCCCGCCGGGUGCUGUCCACCAAGGCCAGGCUGGCGGCCGAGCAGAGCGGCGACGCCGGGCCCGACGAGGAGGAGGAGGAGGAGCAUGUGGAGCGUCGCGCCGUCAAAUUGGUCGAGCUGGGCCCGCGCAUGCGGCUACGGCUGACCAAGGUGGAGGAGGGCUUGUGCGCCGGCAAGAUCAUGUGGCACGAGUACGUGCACAAGAGCAAGGAGGAGAUCAAAGAGCUCGAGCGACGGUGGGAGAAACGGCGCCAGGAAAAGGAGGCCCGGCGCAAGGAGCAAAGAGCCAACGUGGAGAAGAAGAAGGCGGCCAAGGCGGCAAACAAGAAGAGCGGCGACACAGGGGGCGACGAGGACGACGAGGACGACGAUGAGGAAUAUUACAGCGACAUGGACGUUGAUGAAUUCGACAGCGAGGGCCUCGCCGGGGACGCCGAGUACCAGGUCAACGAAAAGGCCGAGCAGGACGGCGAGUGGGAAGACGAAGAGGCGGAAAUUGGCAAGGACAUUUAACGGGCUUCAUGUUGUAUCCACGGCGUUGGGAGGCUACUGCACAUAACGUUUUACCCAUGGGUUGUUCAUCGCUUCAAUUGAUAUCAUGGCUGACGAUGUUUGCGCGCAGCCGAGGGUUGACUAUUUACAAAGGUCUGGUACUUUUCACGCCUUACAGCUGGUCCAUGAGCUUCUCCGCGACGUAGUCAAUGUUGGUGCCAAAGUACUGGGGCACCGUCUGCAGGUACAGCACGCCGUCCUCGAUGACGCACUCGUUGUACGUCGACUUCAUGCUGCCCUCGUCGACGAUGCGGAAC